AUGCCGCGCACCGGCGCCAUACUGCUGGUGCUAACGGCGACGAUGCUGGCCCAGCAUUGCGCUAAUUCCUCCUACAUUGAUCCUGGUGACGAUGACAUCGAAGUGAGCGGCCCGGAUUAUGUAGACGACCCUAAUGACCUGCAAGUAAUUCAAGAUGUUGGCAAACGUUCGUCGCUGAUCUACGUUUUCAGGCGUGCGUGUAUCCGUCGCGGUGGGAACUGCGACCAUCGACCUGGUGACUGCUGCCACUCUUCCUCCUGUCGCUGCAAUCUGUGGGGCUCCAACUGCCGCUGUCAGCGUAUGGGCCUCUUCCAGAAGUGGGGCUAG